AUGCAACUGUUGAUAGAGCUUCCAGUGAAAUCUCUCUUGCGAUUCAGGUCCGUUUCAAAAUCUUGGCUUGCUUUGAUAUGUAGCCCUAAGUUUAUCAAAUCCCAUAUGAGUUUAUCAGCUAAGAAUAACAUGGACUACACCAACCAUAGGGUUAUGUUGUGGAUUCCUCAACCUGAAUUCAAUAUUAAGGACUGCUCUCUUAAGUCUUUACUUUAUGAUGAGUCUAUUAUUGAGGAAUCUGACUUGGAUUAUCCCAUGAAAAGAUCCUCUAUAUAUGUUUUUAUUGAGGGUUCUAUCAAUGGGUUGAUUUGCCUUGUAAAUGGGGAAAAAGAAAAUUUUCUAUGGAAUCCGUCCAUUAGAAAGUACAAGAAAUUGCCUGAUUUUGAAAUUAACUCAAGGAAAAGUGAAGGCUUUGUAUAUGGUCUUGGAUAUGAUGAGAUAUAUGAUGACUAUAAGGUAGUGCGUAUGUUUACUAUGAUAGAUCGGCAUGAUACUCAAGAGGUCGAUAUUUAUAGCCUAAAGAAUGAUUCCUGGCGAAGAAUUGAUUGUCCUCAGAAUGGGGCUAGAUUAAUUAGUUCGGGUAAGUUUGUGAACGGGAAGCUUCAUUGGGCUACUACGGCUGGUCUUGGUUUUGAAAGUGGCUGGAACAUAACCUCUUUUGAUUUGGCUGAUGAGAAAUGGAGAAAUGUAGAUCGACCCUGCUAUGGAGAACAGGAUGGUACUCUCAUGUUGGGAGUGUUUGAAAGUAAUCUUUCUGCGAUUUGUAGUAAUCCAACUAAUCACGUAGAUGUGUGGUAUAUGAAGGAGUAUGGAGAAAAACAAUCAUGGAUAAAGAUGUUUACCAUCAAUUAUACUCCAGACCCCGUGGGUUAUUUGUUUUCUCAAUCUUUUUAUUUGUCAAAAAGAGGUGAAUUUUUGCUUAUGCUUGAUGAUACUUUGACGAUAUACAAUCCAAAUGACAACUCGCUCAGAUUUCCAAAAUGUCCUAAAUUUGAUUGUGGUCUCCUGGCGGAAAUCUACAUUGAAAGCCUAGUUUGUCCCCUUUCACAAAAUGAACCAAGGACACAACAAGAAUGA